UAUUUAAGUGUGUGUAUCAUAUCACAAGCGAUACCAUCGGUACAGAGCGCCCAUCUCCAGAGCGCGCUGCCACCCUGAGCAAAUUGGCGCAAUUUAAACAAAAAUAAGGAAAAAGUUACAGUCGCUGUCGCGAGAGGGUCGCUAAAAGGCAAACCACAACAAAUCCAAGUGUCAGGAAGAUCUACCAUUCGCCCACGUCGAGAUUGUUUAGUCUGCUGCGAAGAUAUAGCGAAGCAUCCAAGAGGUCCGCAUCGCAAUUCGAAAUCGCAAUGACGACCCCGCUGCAGACACGAAUGGCGCUGGCCGAGAUUCCCGACCGCCUGGAGGCGCUGCGUAUGGCCAACACACCGACGAACGCCAAUCGCCGGACUCCGGAUGAGCCGACUCCGGCGGGCAUAAUAAACACACCGAAUGCUAACGGAGGAUUGGGACUGCGGUUGGACAACGAUGUGAACGUGGUGCAGGCCCAGGACUUUGUCUUCUCGCCACUGCCCUCGCCAGAUGAGCUGGUCAUUCGGCAGCGUGGUCGCCGGCGUUUUACCACAACGUUUUCGCCGGAUAAGGUCAACGGCGGUGGUGGCGCAGGAGGAGGUGCCACCGGUGGUUCCUCAAUACGUAGUCCUUUCCAACGCACGCCCACCAAGAACCUGCAACUAACCAGCGGCAUGAUCCUGCGCAGCUCCCCUCGUAAACGCCUGACUAUGGGCAGCACUCCUCCAGAGCCCACACCGAUGGAUACCUACUCGCCCAUCAAGAUGGCCACCACCAAGCAACUUUGGCCGGGAACACCAAUAGUAAAGAAGCUCAAAAUGGACGAUAGACCUGUGGGACAGACGAACACAGAUGCGACUCUACCAUCCCUGUUGCAGGGUCUGUCCCAGAACCAACUAAUAGAUUUGAUCAUGAAUAACAUCAAAAGUGCAAGUGAUGAGGGAGAGAUACGGACGCAACUGCCCACGCCAGACAUAAGCGCUUUGGAGCAGGAGCUGCACCAUGCUAAGCGGCUCAUCUUCAAGUCCCUUCCCACCUCCCGGCUGUGCAAGAAAACCGAUGCGGCGGCCUACUCCAAGGCGUCGAUGCAUCUUAUCGAAUUUAAGCGGGUGCUGCAAUCGCAGGCGAAGCGUCUGCACGACUCCACUCACUGGGACGCCCUGGUGGACUACGUAUCCAUGGCUUGGCAGUGCGUGGCUAGUACGCCCAACUGGGAGAGCCAUGCCCACAAUGCUGUUCGCCGGCAAUGCUUCAAGCUAUUGGCGUGCUCCUGCUAUGCGGCCAUUAAGCACGGAGGAAUGCGAUUGGGGCAGCUGCGACUGGAGACACUGGAACGCAAUUUGCGCGAAUGGUCCAAGGACUAUGAGGACGUGCUGUCCUGUGUGAACGCCUUGCAGCGUACGCUUAACAGCCGUAGCAGCUUAUAAACACUGUGGAGACUAUAGACUUUUAAGCCGACUUGCUGAACUUGAGGUUUAGUGGACCGAAUUUAGUGUGUAAGGCGGAUUUUAGCCAGUAAGCGAACGAUAUAUGGCGCAGCACGUGUUAUAAACUAUUUUUAAUUUUGUUCCUCGAUAUGUUGUCCUAUUUAAAAUGCACGCAAGGAGUUACUUCAUUAUUUAGUGAUCUAAGCCACACGCUAACUAAAGUCUGUUAGCUUUAUAAACGUGUAUUUAUUAACGCUUAAAUAUAUGCUUAGCUAGUAA